AUGAUGAUGUUGGAUGCUAAGCACGGCACUGCUAAUGCCAUCUUCUUUCUCAACUCCAAUGCUAUGGAGUACACCCUGACGCCUGACCCGCUACUCUCCUACAAGACUUCCGGUGGCAUUCUUGACUUUUUCAUCUUUAUCGGCAAGAACCCUGAAGACGUUGUUCAGCAGUACCUUUCCCUCAUUGGCCUGCCCAUGAUGCCGCCCUUUUGGGGCUUGGGCUUUCAACUGUCUCGCUACGGCUACCGGGACACUGCUCAGGUGAAGCGCGUCAUUGAUCGCAAUUUGAGAGCCAAGAUACCGGUUGACGUGCACUACGUCGACAUUGACUACAUGAACGUCUUUGAGGAUUUUACAUACGAUCACAAAAACUUUUCCCAGCUUCCAGCGCUGAUUAAGCAAACUCGGAAAGACAUGGAUCUAAAGUGGGUCUUCAUUGUUGACGUGGCAAUUCAGGCAAACAACAAGUCUUAUCAGACUUUUACCGAGGGCUACAAAGAUGAUCUUUAUGUAGUUUGGGAUAAAAGCAUUCCUUCGGCUAGCCGCGGCAAUCCCACUGAUGCGCCAAAUGAUAAAGAUGUUUUCUAUGGUCGAGUAUGGCCUCGUGGUCCAAGCUCUUUUCCGGACUUUUUCAAAAAUGGAACCAUCGCCUGGUGGGAGAAGCAUCUGCGAGAGUUUCACAACGAACUCGACUACGAUGGCAUUUGGAUUGACAUGAACGAGGUGACAUUUUUGACUUGUUUG